AUGGGAUUUGUGUUUUCUAAAAUAUUCAAUUCACUAGUAGGGCAAAAGGAGAUGCGUAUUUUAAUUUUAGGGUUAGAUAACUCUGGGAAGACAACUAUUUUAUGUACUCAUUAUGCAUCUAUUUUAAGAUAAAUUGCAUUUGAAUGAGGUGAUCUAGACAGCACCAAGUAAAUAAACUAUAAUAAUAAUAAGCCAUGGGAUUUAAUGUAGAAACACUUACUUAUAAAAAUCUAAAGUUUCAAGUUUGGGAUUUGGGUGGUCAAAAUGCUAUUAGGUAAUCAACUAAAUGUAUACGUGUAGAUUAUAUUGGAGAUCAUACUAUCCAAAUACAAAUGGGAUUAUUUAUGUGAUUGACUCUUUUGAUGAGGGGAGACUCAAAACAUCAAAAGAAGAGUUGAUGACAUUAUUAUAAGAGGAAGAACUUAAAAAUGUUCCAUUGCUGAUUUUAGCAAAUAAAUAAGUUUUAAUUUGUUUAUAUUUAUACUUUUGCAGGAUAUGUAAGGAGCAUUGAGUGAAACUGAAAUUUGUGAGUUCCUGAAAUUAGAAGAAGAGAAAUCAAGAAAUUGGACAAUGUAUGUCUAUUAUAUUAUAUUUAAAAAUUAGAGUAAAAUGCAGUGCUUUAACAGGUUUGGGUUUAAGUGAAGGAAUGGAAUGGAUGGCAAAUGCUAUGAAGAAAUGA